UCUGCGCCAAAAAAAAACAGCGGAGAACUGUUUGUCUAGAAAUCGUAGCAAAACAAGAGGAUGGAAUAUUCCAAAAAUCUCUCCAUUUCCUCAAAUCGACCAGACAGGAAAGAGGAGAAGCGUAGCCGAAGUCCAAUAUAGACUACGGCGGUCUCCAUUUUUCUUGUCCCCUCCCCUCUUCUUUUCCCCCACUCUCCCUCUCCUGUCCGUCCUCUAGCCUCCUAGCUCGUUCGCCCCCGCAAGCUCGCGACCUCGCCCAGCGGCCAAACCACGCUAGAGUUUGCCGUUGGAAGAGGGGAGGAGGACGAGAUGGCGAGGGAGGACGGGUUCCCGGUGUGGGAGGCGGCGCUGCUCGCCGCCGUGGCCGCCGUCUUCGCUGCGGGGCUGGCCGGCGUCUACGUCUCCAUGCCUCGCUCCGACUACAGCUUCCUCAAGCUGCCCCGCAACCUCCAGGAGCUCCAAGUCCUCACUGUCCAUCUGGAGGGCUACACCAGUGAUUACACCAUCCAGGUGCUGGUGGGAUACUGUGCCGUGUACAUCUUCAUGCAGACGUUCAUGAUCCCAGGGACCAUUUUCAUGUCCCUGCUUGCUGGGGCCCUCUUUGGGCAGCUCGGUGGUCUAGCCCUGGUGAUCUUUGCUGCCACUGCCGGUGCUUCUUCCUGUUAUUUCCUGUCCAAGCUGGUAGGGAAACCACUGGUCUUCUCGUUGUGGCCAGACAAGCUCAUGUUCUUCCAAAAGCAGGUUGCAAAAAGAAGAGAGAAGCUGCUGAAUUACAUGCUUUUCCUGAGAGUCACCCCGACACUGCCCAAUACUUUCAUCAAUUUUUCUUCACCUAUAGUGGGUGUGCCAUACCAUACUUUCUUCUUGGCGACAGCCAUUGGCCUCAUCCCAGCAGCCUAUGUGACUGUCAGGGCUGGAAUUGCUUUGAGCGACCUGAGAUCGUUGAAUGACCUGUACGAUCCACAGUCGAUAGCAGUGCUGUUCCUGAUCGGGCUUGUUUCGGUGAUGCCGACAUUGCUGGGCAAGAACGAGACGCCAAGCAGAGCACCAGACAUGGCAGCUAGCACCAACUGAUCACUUACACGCCACCCCAGUUCUCCUCUCCUGUAUGUACAUACAAAAGUCCAGCGUUUGGUGGUGGCUCCGAGACUGUGGAUCAAGUAGAACCUGUUGCCGACCACGAAAAUGGCGAGGGCCCCCAGUCUGUCUCCACUUUUGUGCUGAUUUCGUUGAAGGGACCGGAUAUCUCUCAUGAGCACCUGUCAUCGUAAAUCUUGCUGGCAAAACGGGCUGGGAACAGACCUCUUUCUGUUGCUGUAUUUUAGCUUCACAUUGUUUAGAUGUAAGGUUUCACUGAUUGUAUGUAUCUUGCACACGUUAACCAGAUUCAAUCAAUAAAGCCGAUUCAGUGAUUCAUUCAUCAA